AUGGGCGCCCGGACCUCCAGACCACCACGGCAGCCCGCGGACCCGCCCAUCGCCCUGGACGCACUGCCCCCGGAGCUUCUGGUGCAGGUGCUGAGCCACGUGCCGCCGCACGCGUUAGUGACGCGGUGCCGCCCCGUGUGCCGCGCCUGGCGCGACGUGGUGGAUGGGCCUACUGUGUGGCUGCUGCAACUGGCUCGCGAUCGGAGCGCCGAGGGCCGCGCGUUCUACGCGGUAGCCCAGCGCUGCCUGCCCAACAGUGAGGACGAGGAGGAGUUCCCGCUCUGCGCCCUGGCGCGCUACUGCGUGCGCGCGCCGCUGGGCCGCAACCUCAUCUUCAACUCCUGCGGCGAGCAGGGCUUCAGAGGCUGGGAAGUGGAGCACGGUGGAAAUGGCUGGGCCGUGGAAAAGAACGUAAUUCUGGUGCCAGGGGCCCCUUCCCAGACCUGCUUCGUGACUUCUUUCGAAUGGUGCUUCAAGAGGCAGCUGGUGGACCUGGUGAUGGAGGGCGUGUGGCAGGAGCUGCUCGACAGUGCUCAGCUCGAGAUCUGUGUGGCCGACUGGUGGGGCGCCCGGGAGAACUGUGGCUGCAUCUACCGGCUCCGAGUCCGCCUCCUGGAUGUGUAUGAAAACGAAGUGGUCAAGUUCUCAGCCUCACCCAACCCAGUCCUUCAGUGGACUGAGAGGGGCUGCCGACAGGUCUCCCACGUCUUUACCAACUUUGGCAAGGGUAUCCGCUACGUGUCCUUCGAGCAGUACGGGAGGGACACCCGUUCCUGGGUGGGCCACUAUGGCGCCCUCGUGACCCACUCCAGCGUCAGGGUCCGCAUCCGUGUGUCCUAG